AUGGCUGAACCUGGUGAUAGAAGCGAAGAUAUUCAUGGUGAUAGUAACGACGAUUUCAUGCCUUUUCCAACAACGAUUCCUGUUUCAAGAAUGCAAAUUGGUGAAAAACCGUGUUUAGGAAUGAAGUUUAGUAGUCAUGAAGAGGCCUACAACUAUUAUAACUCGUAUGCUUUGAUGAUGGGAUUUGGAAUCAGAAAAAGCUCAGUGAAUUACUCCAAAAAAGAUAAACAAGUGUUGAAUAGAAAAUUUGUUUGUGACAAAGAAUGUUAUAGAUCUAAUAAAGAUAAGAGAGAUAUAGGGAAAAAUAUCAAUCAUCAGCGAGAGACCAGAGUUGGCUGUAAAGUAAUGAUGAGAAUAAAAUUAUUGGAGGAUAAAACAUGGAUAGUUGUAGGUUUUAUUGAAGAUCACACAAACCACAUGCUCUGUAGUCCAGAUAAAGCAAAGAUGCAUAGGUCACAACAACAAUUUCAUAGAAGUAAAAGGUGUAAAAAAAUGAUUGAAUGUUUGCAAGAAGAAGGUAUUACUCCUUCUACUAUUUCUCGUGUUAUUAACGCGACAAGUGGAAGAGAAGAUGAAUCAGUGACACCACAACAAUGCAUUGACUAUAUGAAAACUCAAAGGCACAACAAUAUUGGCAAUGAAUGCAUAUCUAUUAUCCAAUAUUUUCAAAGAAAGGCGGCUAGUGAUGCAGAUUUUUAUUUUGCAUUGGAAGUAGAUUGUACUGGACAAAUGAGAAGUGUUUUUUGGGCAGAUGGAAAAUCAAGAGCAACUUAUUUGAAGUUUAAUGAUGUUAUUGUGUUUGAUGUGACUUAUAAAACCAACAAGUUUAGUCUUCCAUUUGCACCAUUUACUGGGGUGAAUCAUCAUAGACAAUCUACUUUAUUUGGUUGCGCACUACUAGCUGAUGAACAAGAAGAAACAUUUGUUUGGUUGUUUCAGGAAUGGUUAAACUGCAUGCAUGGAAUUGAACCAGGUGCUAUCAUCACAGACCAAGACCGAGCAAUGUGUAAUGCCAUUCAUAAAGUAUUUUCAAACACAAGGCAUCGUUAUUGUUAUUGGCAUCUGCAGCGACAUAUUGCUGAUCAUUUGCAUUCUUUGAAUUUUGUUUAUGGUGAAGAAUUUCAAAAAUAUUGGGACUUGUGGUGUAAUAGUGGUAACAUUGAGAACUGUAAUUUGCAUUGGCACAAGUUGAAGGAGAAGUUUAAGAUAAUAGAAGAAGAAGAUGGAUGGCUGCAAAAUAUUUACAUGUGGCACAAGUUGAAGGAGAAGUUUAAGAUAAUAGAAGAAGAAGAUGGAUGGCUGCAAAAUAUUUACAUGUAUCGAGAUCAUUGGGUGCCAUGCUUCUUAAAAGGUAUUUUUUUUGCAGGAAUGAGAUCAACUCAAAGGAGUGAAAGCAUCAACGCAUUCUUUGAUGGAUAUGUGAAUUCACAAACACAGUUAAAAGAAUUUGUAACGCAAUAUGAAAAGGCCGUUACACAUCGACGAAUGAGUGAAGCACAUGAAGAUUUUAGAACUCUUAAUACAAAACCGCAGUUUCACCUUAGGCAUCCAAUUGAAAGACAAGCUGGAAGUAGUUAUACCCGCACUAUGUUUCAUGUAUUUCAGAAUGAGAUCAAAGGGUGUGGUGUUCUUGGCCUUCUAGAAGAAGUACAGUAUAGUUGCAGUUGUGGUUUGUUUGAGAAUAGUGGUGUUCUAUGCAAACAUAUAGUGUACACUCUAAUGUUCAACAAACAAUGCUGUUCAUUACCCAGUGUAUAUAUCCUACACCGUUGGACUAUAGAUGCUCGACAUCGUAACAUUGGAGUUAGUAAUGUUGUGUUUGGUAAAAACAUUGCAGGUGGUGUAGAAAAAAUCAAUUUGUUGAAAUCUUGGGCUUUGAAAGCAAAAACCAACAAUGCACUGGAGCUUGCCUUUGAGUCAGAUAAGAGGAUGCAUGAGCUUGAUUCUUUGUUAACAAGUUUCAUAGAGAGGGUUGAAGAAGAAGUCAGAGGGUGUCAAGCAAUAGAUGCUGGAAGCAGCCACAUUUCUGACUCGGAUGUUUGGUACAUUGACUUCAUUACAAUCUGA